CUCUUAUGCUAGCCUUCUUUCAUGAUGCGAGCCCCAGGCUACUCCAGGCCAGAAAGUGCCUGCUCGCACCGUAUUCCUUACACUGCCCUAAGGACAUUCCCCUUCACUCAACCACUAGCCCAGGAUGAGUGGCACCUCGGAAUCGGUAGACUUCCUCACGGCCUACGAUCUAAUAACGGAGGCUUUCCCUGAUAUCAUCGGCACCGAGAAACAUUCGACAGGCACUGGAAUCCACAGUGUCUCUCCUUCCAUCGAAAUGGCUUUCCCUGUCGAACAUCAUGUGGCUAUUCACAGGCUAAUCCAUCGACUCCAAACCCUCCGUCUUGUGAAUGGAUUCUUCUGCAAUGUCGCCUCCCGUAUACUGUUUAGCACCUGCCUCAUAUACUUCACUACAGACCAGCACCACCCCUUCUGUGACCUCGAAUACCUCCAGCGAAGCAACAACGCAUCCUUCAUCCGCAAUCUAGUAAUUAUCUGUCGCCACCCAGCAAAUACAACCCCUACUCACCACCUGCCUCCCUCGUGUGACCCAAAUCCGCCGUCUCAAACUUUAAUCCCCUGUCAAGGGCACCCCAUCCCAGAACACUCUCGUGUCAGCUUGUCCAGUCUCGAAAUACCAACAAAGUCCAAGUCUGGAGUUACGAUCUGAUCUACCGUCCCACAGCGAGAUCGACGUGAGGUGGUAGUGUAAUCAAUACACUACAUCCUUGCCUAACGCACGAUUCUUCCCAAUGACCGUCUCAUCUGUUUUGCGUUGACACUCGUACAAUACUUGGCGAAUCCGAUCUUGAUGCACAGAUAACUUAUCGCAUAGGCUUAUGUGACGGAUAAUAAGAACUAUUCUCCGUGUGGAUCUAUCGAAAAGGCGACGGCGACUUUUUCUAAGCCACGAUUAAACCACGGGCACGAGCACAUUCUCAGAUAUCGGUCAAGCCAUGGCAAUGUUUGCUGCACUGCGGGUAAUUUUCCCAAAGGUCGGAUUCAUAUGAUCGUAUUGAUUGCGUCCCUGCCUCUCCGCUGUGUAUUCUCCUGGCAUCGGACUACAUGCUCGAGAAA